AUGGCUUUAGCGAACGCAGCACCAGAAGCCUAUGGCUAUAAACGUGACGCGGAAGCAGAAGCCUAUGGAUAUAAACGUGACGCGGUACCAGAAGCCUAUGGAUAUAAACGUGACGCGGUACCAGAAGCCUAUGGAUAUAAACGUGACGCAGACAUUGUAGAAUCUUCAUUAGGGUAG